AUGGCCGAGAAAAAGGCGGACGCCCCGGCAGCUGGCAUGCUUUGGGGGGGCAGGUUCACAGGUGCGAUUGAUCCUCUCAUGCACAAGUACAAUGCCUCCAUCCACUACGAUAAGGCUCUUUACAAAGAAGAUAUCCUUGGAUCGAUUGCUUUUGCCAGGGCCAACUCAAAGGCUGGCAUCAUCAGCGAAGACGAAUUUCAGGCGAUUGAGCGUGGUUUGCUCCAAGUGAUGGAAGAAUGGAAGCAGGGAACUUUCGCUAUCAUGCCGAAUGAUGAAGAUAUUCAUACGGCAAACGAACGUCGCUUAGGAGAGGUCAUCGGCAAGGACAUCGCGGGUAAGCUGCACACAGGUCGCAGCCGCAACGAGCAAGUUGUCUGUGAUAUGCGCAUGUGGCUACGCGAUCGGAUCCGCGAAAUCGACAGCCAACUCGUUGCAUUCCUCAAGGUCAUUGUCACACGUGCCGAGUCUGAUGAAAUCGACUACAUCAUGCCUGGAUACACCCAUCUCCAGCGUGCUCAGCCAGUUCGGUGGUCUCAAUGGCUGAUGUCACAUGCUGCUGCGUUCUCGCAGGAUCUCGAGCGGUUGCGCCAAGUUUUCGAAAGGGUCAAUCUAAGUCCACUUGGUUGUGGCGCUUUGGCCGGCAAUCCAUUUCGAAUCGAUCGAAAUAUAAUAGCUGAGGAGCUUGGGUUUAGCGGAAUAACCUUGAACUCCAUGAAUACUUCGGCCGACCGCGAUUUCAUAAUCGACUUCCUGGUCUGGAACUCGAUUUUCACCAACCACGUCAGCAGGUGGGCCGAGGACCUCAUCAUAUAUUCGACAUCUGAGUUCGGUUUCGUGCGGCUGGCCGACGCCUAUUCUACGGGUAGCUCUUUAAUGCCCAAUAAAUUCAACGGGGACUCGUUAGAGCUUCUGCGCGGCAAGUCAGGGCGUGCUUUCGGUCAAAUGGCUGGGUUAAUGAUGGUGAGUCCUCAUAUUAACAUCUCAGCCACUUGCCUUGGCUUUAAGGGUGACCAGGAGCGUAUCGAGAAUCUCCAGGAAGGGUGGGAGCCUAUGCUGGAUUCGGUUCAGACUGUGUCGGAUAGUCUAGGCAUAGCCAAUGGGGUCAUUGCUACAUUGAAGGUGCGGCCAGAGCGGAUGGAGGCUGCUCUGGACAAAACGAUGCUAGCCACUGAUGUCGCAGAGUGGUUGGUGAGGAAGGGAUGUCCGUUCAGAGAGGCUCACCACAUCUCUGGACGCGUCGUUGCACAGUCUGAAAAGCUAGAAGUUUCGAUGGACAAGCUGACCCUUGAGCAACUGCAAGCCAUUGAUUCUCGGUUCACAGCAGACAUUGCGGAGGCAUUCGAAUAUGAAACGAGUGUCGAAGCGAAAACGUCUAAAGGCGGUACCAGUCGAUCAAGCGUGCUGGAGCAGAUCCAGGUACUCAGGGCUAUGUUAGAUUAG